CUUGGUCUGUUUGCAGAAAAAGAGAGAGAGAGAGAGAGAGCUGAUAAGAGACUGCAGGAUAAAGGUGAGGCUUCAUAAAGACAUACAGACAGACAGAAAGCACAGUUUUACUCAGUCCAACGCUGUACAAAGAAUGAUGAAGUUCUUCAUGUUUGCUGUUGUUCUCGUGCUGGUCGUGACGGGCGGCUCGGCCCUGGACUGCCUGCACUGUGUCCCGGAGAAAGCAGGAGGGUCCUGCGAGAUCACCACCGUUACCUGUCCGUCGGACAAAGACGCGUGUGCCGCCGCCAAGUUCCGCAGAAGCCCCUACGGGCAUUACCAGAAGUGCAUGUCCAUGUCGGGCUGUGAGAUGGUGAAACAGAACGCUUUCAUCAACAUCAAGUGCUGCCAGAAGGACUUCUGCAACACCUUCGACUGAUCUGCCGCUGCUUCUUCGGUUGAUUUAUACGAAUCGAGUUACAUGCGUUUUUUUAGUUGAAUAUAUGCAAAGAUUUGUGCAAAGAGACUGUUUCAACACCGUUGAUAUCGAAAUAAACUAAACAUGAUAGCA